AUGAAUAUGAGCUUGGAGGAUUUGAACCAGCGUCCCGCGAAAAAAAGACGCUUUUUCGUUGAGGAGGAGCUCGGCCUCCCAACAACCACAGACAUCGUCAAAGACGCCGAUACGAACGGAGAUCUAGUCACUGGACAAGAACAAUGGGGUGGUCAGUCAUCACUGGAACAGAAAGUUGAUUUAGAUACUGCGUCGCUGCGCGACUGCGGAACGACGGCGAGCGAUGGCUUCGAUACAGAUCUUUUCAUCAGCAUUAUUGGAGAGCGGCUUCCCCCUAAUCUCAUCAACCGGAUUCAGUUUGCCGCCCAGAAUGACCUGGAACGAGCAGUCAACAUCUACUACGAUGGCUCGUGGAAAACGUUAAAGACCCCCGGUUCCAGUUCGACUGCACAAACUCAUCGCCAGCAGACUCUACCUGUACAGACAGUGCAUUCUAAGAAAGAAAUAUAUCAAACUCCCGCACUAGAGCAGCAAAAGGAUGACACCCCUAGAGAUGCGCCGCCUCUCAUAGCUCAGCCUGCUUUGAGAUAUGUCGGUGCAUUUGGGGUUGAGGGAUGGGCUACUAGAAGUGGAUCAGGGCUACUCGAUCAUGGAGAAGUUGUCAAUAUUGAGCGUGCAAGGUCCCAGCCGACGAAAAAGCGUGGUCGUGGAGGCAAACUCAUUACAAACCAAAAAGCGGACGUGUUAACGAGGUUCACAAACAAGAGGGGUGAAGAGAUUGGAAGACUAUCCCAAGAGACUGCAGAGUGGGUUUCCACUCUGGUCGAUCAGAAAGUCUGUUUUUUCAAAGGUGUCUGUGUGUUUGUACCGGACAGGCUCCGGGUCAACGAUACGAUAUACCUACAAUUGCGAUGUUAUCUGCGGCAGGAGGCUUUCCGUCAUGGCUUGCUGAUUGAACUUGACGACAACCGAUCUGCUGGAGUCUUUGAAGAGCAAGAAACUACGGAAGAAAAGGUGCUUCGCCUUCGCCAGGUUGCUCUAGUAAAGCUUUUUGAUGAGAUUGCGCUUCGACCAACUUCAAGCAACGCCAUGACUGAGAAACACAAAAAAGAAGGAAUUCUUCGCAGCGCCGAGAUUGCAGAGCAGCAUGAAAAGACCAAGAAACAGAGAGGCAAUAAUGAGGAGUCUGAGGAAGAUGAGUCUCCUGAAUUAGAAGACGAUCAACUGGACACCCUUUACCAAAAAGCACAGUCCUUCGACUUCAACAUGCCUGAAACCGAGCCAGCACCGACUUUCAAACUCCAAUUACGGAAGUAUCAAAAACAAGCUCUGCACUGGAUGGUUAGCAAAGAGAAGGACCGAAAGAUGGAUAAGGGAAGGUCGAUGCAUCCGCUGUGGGAAGAAUAUACCUGGCCUCUCAAAGAUGUUGAUGACAAGGAUCUUCCGCCUGUUGAGGGGGUGGAUCACUUCUAUGUGAACCCAUACUCUGGAGAGCUCAGUCUCAAUUUCCCAGUGCAAGAACAACAUUGCCUGGGAGGCAUCCUUGCAGAUGAGAUGGGUUUAGGCAAGACUAUUGAGAUGAUGAGCCUUAUUCACACCCAUAAAACCUCUCUUGUUGAACAGCAACCGAAGCGUGAGCUUCAUUCUCAGUAUCGGCAAGGUGCUACACCUGCACCGUAUACCACUCUUGUUGUGGCUCCGACGUCACUGUUAUCGCAAUGGGAAAGCGAGGCAUAUAAAGCUUCUCAGGAUGGAAGCAUGAAGGUGCUCAUGUAUUACGGGGCCGAUCGUUCUAUCAAUAUGAAGGAGCUGUGCUCUAACCCCUCGUCGGCCCCAACCGUCAUCAUCACCAGCUACGGCGUGGUUCUUUCCGAAUUUCGUCAAGAUAUGCUGCUUAACGGCCUGUUCUCUGUCGAUUUCUUCCGCAUCAUUCUUGACGAGGCACACAUCAUCAAAAAUCGCCGAUCCAAGACUGCAAGGGCUUGUUAUGAUCUCAAGGCUACUCAUCGCUGGGUCCUCACGGGAACCCCGAUUGUGAACCGCCUGGAAGACCUCUUCAGUCUUGUCCGCUUUCUGAAGGUUGAGCCCUGGAGUAACUUUUCUUUCUGGAAGACCUUUAUUACUGUGCCAUUCGAAUCCAAAGACUAUAUCCGUGCGCUCAAUGUUGUGCAGACAGUUCUAGAACCCCUCGUCCUGCGCCGCACAAAAACCAUGAAGACACCAGAAGGAGAGCCUCUAGUCCCUUUGCCUCGUCGGACGAUCACUAUCCAAGAAGUGGAGCUCUCGGAUCAGGAGCGGGAAAUUUACGACCUCAUCUUCACGCGAGCAAAGCGUACAUUCAAUGAGAACGUCGAAGCCGGCACUUUGUUGAAGUCGUUCUCCACGAUCUUUGCUCAGAUUCUUCGUCUGCGCCAAACAUGCUGUCAUCCAAUCCUCACACGUAACAAGGCCAUCGUGGCGGAUGAGGAAGAUGCCGCAGCGGCUGCCAAUGAGGCGAAUGGGCUAAAAGACGAUAUGGACCUCCAGGAACUUAUUGAUCAGUUCACCACAGCCACUGAAUCAGCCGAUUCGGACCAACAAUCGGGGUCUAUGAUGAAAUUCAGCGCGCAUGCUUUGAGGCAGAUUCAAAACGAAUCCAGCGGCGAAUGCCCUAUAUGCUCCGAAGAGCCUAUGAUCGACCCGGCUGUUACUGCAUGCUGGCAUAGUGCAUGCAAAAAAUGUCUAGAAGACUUUAUACGACACCAAACAGACAAAGGGGUGGCUCCUCGCUGUUUCUCCUGCCGAGGGCCGAUCAACUCGCGCGACAUGUUUGAAGUGAUACGACACAAGUCUCCAAAUUCCACACCGGCGGAGGAAGAUCUGUACUCCAGCACGCCUCCAGCGUCCUCGCAUCCAACACCGCGCAUCUCCCUUAGACGUGUUCACCCUCUCUCGCCAUCGGCCCAUACGUCGGCCAAGAUCCAUGCGCUGCUAAAUCAUCUCACGUGUCAUCCUCCGGGGGUCAAAUCAGUAGUAUUCUCGCAGUUUACCACGUUUCUCGAUGUGAUCUCACCGCAGCUGGCCAAGGCAGGCAUCAGUCACCUCCGUCUGGACGGAACCAUGCCGCAGAAAGCCAGGGCUGAAGUCCUUGCGCAGUUUACCAAGACGGAGACAUACGUCGAGGAGGAAGAUAUCGACGAUGAAGGGGAACCCCAAUUGACUCAGGGAAAACUGGUCAAUGCCAAACCGGCAGCUAGCAAAAAGGCUCACGCUUCUUCUUCUUCUCCUUCUGUCCUUCUUAUCAGUCUUCGCGCGGGUGGUGUCGGUCUCAACCUCACCGCCGCGAACCACGUGUACAUGAUGGAUCCGUGGUGGAGCUUCGCCAUCGAAGCGCAAGCGAUCGACCGUGUCCAUCGGAUGGGCCAGCUGCGAGACGUGAACGUCACGCGCUUUGUGGUCAAGAACUCAAUCGAAGGCCGGAUGUUGCGCGUGCAGGAGCGAAAGAUGAAUAUUGCAGGGUCGUUGGGGCUACGGGUUGGCGGCGACGGGAGCGAAGAUGAACGAAAGAAGGAAAGAAUUGAAGAGUUAAAGCUGCUCUUUGAGUGAUAGUAUUUGUAUAUAUCUUAUGUGAUAGAUGUUCUUAAGUUCGGGUAAUGAAUGAUGUUCCUAGCCAUC